GCCAACCCUUUACAAUGAAAUAAAUGCUUCUAUUUAUACCCGCCAAUGGGCAGGUGGCUGUACUGACGUGGCAGCCUGUGGACCGCUGGUGUCCCAACUACCAAAUCUUUAGCAUUAAAUGCACUUCCCGCCAGAAUCUAGGUUUCCCGCCGGAAUAGUGGGGACGUUCGUCCACCCGGGAAGUGAGUUGGAUUCCUCCAAGUGACCUUUGAGGGAUAUUGGCUGUUCGUCUCCUGGGUCUCCUCCGAUGACUAUGGGCUUGCUCAGGAGACGUUCGUCGUCACCCCUGAUGGCCCGUGGCUCCGCUCCUUGUCCCUGCUUAGACGUUCGUCGGGGUGAGCCGCUGGGCCUGAGUCCUCCAACACCAGACGUUCGUCCAUCCCCGUGGCACAUGGGCCUGUGGGCUGGCCCAGUUUCUAGCUGGACGGUCGUCUGGCAAAAUGGGUUAGUGGGCCGGACCUCGGCUUGGGCCCUUAACCCAACAACGACUAAAAAACAAAAUCAUUUUAUUUUGUGGGAAAGAUAGUAAGGGGGUGUUUGGAACUGAUUCUGCUUCUGUUUCUUUUUUAAAAGGAGAAGCAGAAUCAGAAUCAGUUUUCAGAAGCUGGUACCCCCCCAGCUUCUAAAAAAACUGAUUCUGAGAGUAAAUUAGAGCUCCAGAAGUGCUUCUGGAAUUUCACCCAAACACUCCAGCUUCUGCUUCUGUUCCCUGAAAGAGCAGAAUCAGUUUUGAGAAUCAGAUCCAAACACCCCUAAUUUGAGGAUAUCUUUUUGUUGGCAUACCGUAGCCCACACUCAAACUUGUCCAUCGUAAAGUAAGCAUAUUUUCCCGUUUGGAGUGGACAUGCCUCGCUGUGUGUGCCUAUGGUGUGGUCGAGUAUCUCUUUCGUGCUUUAUUUGAAACACUGCAGAGUUGCUCAAACUCACACCCUUUGGACACGCAAUUCAUGUCGAAUAAUCAUGGAUCCACCCAGAAGAUAUUUCUUUUGCCUUAUCCCGAGCAAGACAGCAAGCAAAUGUGACUGUGUGAGAGAGAUUCAGACACAAUUUCCAGCCCCUUUCACCCUCUGGCCUCUGUCCGUUCCCUGUUCCUGUCCCUUUCUCCCAACGGUUACUGACCUUUCACCUUUAAUUAAAUAAAUGGCCCGUUAACAGCUUAGCUAGGAGUGAGUGCCCCAGUCCCCCCCGCCCACCCACUAUCGCCUUCCCAACUUCAAGAAGAAGAACCCAAGCAAAACCCAGGUUCACCAAGCUGAAACUCACGGAAACGCAGGAAAAAGUUGUGAUUUUUUUUUGGCCAGGAAUUGUUGGGUUUCUUGUAGAUCCGGACCCGACCCAGGAUGGAUUUCAGCUCUUUCUUGACGUCCCUGGGGACGUCGUUCGUGAUAUUCGUGGUGCUCAUGCUCCUCUUCACUUGGCUGUCGAGGAAGCCCGGGAACGCCGUGGUUUACUACCCCAACCGGAUUCUCAAAGAGUUGGAUCCGGUCGAAAACGGGUAUGCGUCCCGGAACCCGUUUGCGUGGAUCCGUGAGGCCUUCUCUUCCACCGAAGCCGAUAUCAUCAGAAUGUCAGGCGUUGAUACGGCUGUCUACUUUGUCUUCCUCACCACUGCCUUGGGCAUUUUGGUCAUUUCGGGCCUUAUACUUCUGCCAACACUCCUGCCAGUUGCUUCAAGUGAUCAUAGUGUGAGGUUAGACAAUACCACCAGCGAAGGGACUUUCAAUGAUCUUGAUAAGCUAUCUAUGGGGCAUGUUGGAAAAAACAGUCCACGAUUAUGGGCAUUUAUUAUUGCCACAUAUUGGGUUUCUUUUGUGACAUACUUCCUUCUUUGGAAAGCAUACAAGCAUGUUGCUGAUUUAAGAGUUGAAGCUCAAAUGUCUCCUGAAGUCAGAGCCGAACAAUUUGCUAUUCUUGUCAGAGACAUUCCUCCUGUUCCUCAGGGUCAAUCCCGGAAGGAACAAGUUGACUCCUAUUUCAGUAUGAUCUACCCAGACACAUUUUACAGAUCCAUUCUGGUCACAGACAACAACAAGGCCAAUAAAAUCUAUGAAGAGUUAGUAGGGUACAAAAAGAAGCUUGAACGUGCAGAAGCCAUACACGCACAGGCAAAGAAUGCAAAACCGGAUGGAGCAAGACCCACGAGUAGAACUGGCUUUCUUGGUAUUUUGGGUAAAAAGGUAGAUUCGAUAGAUUUCUUUAACGAAAAGAUCAAAGACUUGACAUCACAACUAGAAGCUGAACAGAAGAUCACUCUAAAAGAGAAACAACAAUGUUCUGCCAUCAUCUUUUUCAACAACAGGGUGACUGCAACAUCGGCGGCACAAAGCUUGCAUUCCCCAAUGGUUGACACAUGGACAGUGACAGGUGCUCCUGAACCCCGCCAGGUGAUUUGGACUAAUCUUCACAAGAAGUAUUACGAGAGGAUAAUUCGGCAAUACGUUAUAUAUGUCAUUGUCUUUUUGACGAUAUUCUUUUACAUGAUCCCAAUCGGCUUCAUCUCGGCACUAACAACACUUGAUAAUCUGAGGAAGUACCUUCCAUUCUUGAAGUUUAUCGUUGACCAACCUGCAAUCAAGACAGUUCUUGAGGCAUACUUGCCUCAACUUGCUCUCAUUGCCUUCUUGGCUUUGCUUCCAAAGUUUCUUUUGUUUUUAUCGAAGGCCGAGGGGAUUCCUUCACAGAGCCACGUCACAAGGGCCGCUUCCGGGAAAUAUUUUUAUUUCAGUGUUCUGAAUGUUUUCAUCGGUGUCACAGUGGGGUCCACCCUUUUUGAUACUCUCAAGUCUAUUGAGGAUGAUCCAAACAAGUUGGUUCCUCUGCUGGCACAAAGUCUUCCGGGCAGUGCAACUUUCUUCCUGACUUAUGUGGCUCUCCAGUUCUUUGUUGGGUAUGGACUUGAGUUGUCUAGAAUAGUUCCUCUAGUAAUAUUCCAUCUCAAGAGGAAGUAUAUGUGCAAAACUGAAGCCGAAAUAAAGGAGGCAUGGACUCCUGGUGAUUUAGGAUAUGCCACACGGUUUCCUGGUGACAUGCUGAUUCUCACCAUUUGUCUCUGCUAUUCGGUUAUUGCUCCCAUUAUUAUUCCUUUUGGGGCAGUCUACUUUGGCUUGGGAUGGCUCCUUCUUCGUAAUCAGGCACUCAAAGUGUAUGUUCCCUCGUUCGAGAGUUAUGGACAGAUGUGGCCACAUAUGCACACCCGCAUCUUAGCGGCCUUGGUUCUCUAUCAGCUGACAAUGUUUGGUUAUUUUGGAGCGAAGCUGUUUCACUUCACCCCAUUUAUCAUCCCUCUGCCGAUAUUGUCCUUCAUCUUCGCCUUCGUCUGCAGGAAGAGGUUCUACCGGUUUUUCCAAUGCACAGCAUUGGAAGCAGCUUCCCAUGAAUUGAAAGAGGUUCCUAACAUGGAAACCAUCUUCAGGUCUUUCAUCCCACCAUGUUUGGGUGCAGAAAAGUCAGAUGGGGAUCAUUUCGAAGAUGCUUUGUCACAUGCUUCAAAAACAGUUUCCAGUGUCUGACUUGCAAUGCUCAUAUAUGAAUUAAAAAACUGUGUUUAUUGAUUGAUGUCGCCGCUUUAUUGCACUCGAUCUGUUUCAUGGUGUUUACGUUCCUAUAGUUCAUAGCUUUGUUGUAGUGUAUGUUGGACUAUUCUACAACCGUUGGUCAAUGUGAUUGUAUAUAGUCAAAGGUGAUUAUAUAUAUUGUCAAAGGUUUGAUAAAAGAGUGAUCCAGUUGUUUUAUUGUCAAAUAGGCCCUUGAACUGACUUAAAGUGUUCAAUUAGUCGCUU